ACCCAUGUGGUCAGUCAACUGAUCGUGACGUCAGCACAGGUCCUGUAGCCCGCUUGGAAUUCGGCGUCUACCGAUGAAGCUAAAGAACAACCAGACCCGGACAUACGACCGGGAUGGGUACAAGAAACGGGCGGCGUGCGUGUGCUUCCGGAACGGGACCGAGGAUGAAGUACUGCUGGUAAGCAGCAGUCGCUAUCCAGAUCGUUGGAUUGUCCCAGGCGGAGGUCUGGAGCCAGAGGAGGAGGCCAGUGCAGCAGCUGUUCGAGAAGUUUUUGAAGAGGCUGGAGUUAAAGGCACCUUGGGUCGUCUGCUGGGUGUGUUUGAAAACUUUGAGAGGAAACACAGAACAUUUGUUUAUGUCCUGACUGUGACCGAGGUCCUGGACGAUUGGGAGGAUUCUGUUAGCAUUGGACGGAAGCGCCGCUGGUUCAGCAUUGAGGAAGCCGUUUGUGCUUUGCAGGGGCACAAACCAGUGCAGGCAUCCUACUUCCAAAGUCUGAGGCAGAAUUGUCACCCUAACAAUGGAGCCAUCCCCCUGCCUAGCCAGAGUUCCCUUCCAGAUGUCAGAUGACCUAUUUAACCCUAUGGACUCCAUCUUUGCUCCUAAUCUCCUUUCUUCUCCCACCCUGAGAUGCAUCCAGCAGAAAGAGCGUCACUGAAAGUGAUGACCUCCACUGGGCCUCUGAUGUUUUGUUGUUCAGCGAUGGAUUGUGUAUGCUGUGAAUCCCCCCCCCCUUUGUGUGUGACAUGGACACAUUCAUGGCUCACUAACCGGUUCCCCCUUUCCUUCAUAUUUGUGCCAUGAUCAUCUUUAGAUUCACAUUUCUGACUCACCCAGUUUCAGUUUAUAUUCUAGGCGCUAAGAUAGAAGUGUUUGCCCGUUAAACCUUUACAGUUCGCUAUUUAGUGUUAUUUUUCAUCUCCCACGUGUACUUAUUUCUUAAGCUGCAGCUAAACUAACUGGCUAGGCUCUGAGGAGGAUUCUCUAGAGUUUCCA